GUCUGAUUCAAGCGUGAAUUAUCUGAAUCAAUUUCAACUUUUUGCUUAUGCUUGACUGAAUAACAAGAUGAUGCUGAAGAACCUGUCACCUCAUUGCUAUCCUCAAUCAUGGGGCUGUGGUUAUUCUCAAACACUGAGGCAUCUAUCACAUCAAAAAGGCACAGAAGCCCCCAAAAGCAGCUCUAAGAAAAAGUCUCAGAAAGCUCCUAUCAGUAAAGCCUGGUCAUCAACAGUCAAUGUUCCUCAAACCAAGUUUAGGCUUAGGCCAAAAGAUCAGGAGCGAGUGGAGAUGGAAUCAGCCCUACAGAAGGGACAUGGCUUUGAAGGCCUGUACGAGUGGCAGCGCAGUCAGCCAUGGCCAGAGGAGUUUAUUCUGCAGGAUGGGCCACCAUAUGCCAAUGGCAAGGCUCACAUCGGCCAUGCCUGUGAACAAGAUCCUGAAGGACAUCGUGCUGCGGUACAAGGUGAUGCGACGCGUGCGCGUGCGCUACCGGCCCGGCUGGGACUGCCACGGCCUGCCGAUCGAGCUGAAGGCGCUGUCGCAGAUCUCCGAGGACCACACGCGCCUGCAGCCGCUGGCCAUCCGCGCGGCAGCGGCGCGGUUCGCCUCGGAGGCGGUGGCGCUGCAGCGCGACGCCUUCGGACGGUGGGGUCUGCUGGCUGACUGGCGGCACGUCUACCUGACGGCCUCGCCGGCUUACGUCAGCCGCCAGCUGGCGGCCUUCCAGCGGCUGCACGCGGCCGGCCUGGUGUACCGCGGUCUCAAGCCCGUCCACUGGUCGCCGUCCUCCAGGACGGCCCUGGCCGAGGCAGAGCUGCAGUACAACCCGCAGCACGCCAGCCAGGCGGCGCACGUGCGGCUCCUGGUGGAGCAGCACCACCUGGCCGGCGACGAGCAGGUGUUCCUGCUCAUCUGGACCACCACCCCCUGGACGCUGCCCGCCAACCAGGCGGUGUGCUUCAACGAGGCGGUGCAGUACGCCCUGUUCCGCAUUGAGGGUCUGCCUGGGCUGUACGCGCUGGCGUCGGCGGUCGCCGCGCAGAUGUCCCAGACGCUGGGCCGCAGACUCGAGCUCCACACACAGCUGUCAGCUGCCGACCUCUCUCAGUGGCGGUACCGGCCGCCGGUGCCCGGCCGGGCAGCCGCCGCCACGUUGCCCGUGCUGCCCGCCGGUCACGUGACCGUCUGGGGCACCGGCCUGGUGCACACGGCGCCGGCUCACGGACCCGACGACUUCCAGGUGGCGCUGCGGCACCGGCUGCCCGUGGAGGCGCUGGUGGACGAGGACGGGUGUUACACGGCGGCGGCCGGCUCGGCUCUCCACCGCCGGCCGGUGCUCACCGAAGGGGACGCGCUCGUCCUGCAGAUGAUCGGCGAUGACGCGGUGCACGUGAAGCGCCACGUGCACAGCUACCCGUACGACUGGCGCACCAAUCAGCCGGUGUUGCUGCGGGCCAGCCGGCAGUGGUUCAUCGACACCGAGCGACUGAAGCGGCGCGCGCUGGAGUGCCUCUCAGACGUGAUCAUCCGGCCCGACAGCAUCCAGUCCAACAUGGCCGACCAGCUGCGGCGGCGGCCCUACUGGUGCAUCUCGCGCCAGCGCGUGUGGGGCGUGCCCAUACCAGCCUUCUACGAGCGCGACAGCGGCGAGCCCAUCGUCACCGGCCCGCUGGUGACCCGUCUCUGCCGGCUGGUGGAGGAGUGCGGCACGGACGUGUGGUGGCAGCGCCCCGAGGAGGAGCUCCUACCUCCGGAGAUGGUGGCCGAGUACCGUGCCAGCGGGCGGCCCCUGCCGCGCAAGGGCGACGACGUGAUGGACAUCUGGCUGGACUCUGGCCUCUCGUGGUGCGCCGCGGAGGAGGGCGAGGGGGCGGACGGCGGCCCGGCCGACCUCUACCUGGAGGGCCUGGACCAGUUCACCGGCUGGUUCCAGAGCUCGCUGCUGACCUCGGUGGCGCUGCGGGACCGCGCGCCCUACAGGUCCAUUUUCGUGCACGGCUUCGUGAUGGACGAGCACGGGAGGAAGAUGUCCAAGUCGCUGGGCAACGUAGUGGACCCGACGGACGUGAUCGCGGGCAGUCAGGCUGAGCCGCGCCGCACCGCCUACGGUGCCGACUGUCUCAGGCUGUACUGCGGUGACCUGAACAGCGAGGCUGGUCGGUCCGGUCUGACUGUCAUGCACCACGUGCUGACGGUGUUGCGACAGACCAUGGCGCCGAUCCUGCCGCACCUGGCCGAGGAGCUGGUUCUGUACGGCACCGACGGAGACACGCCCGUGUUCAAGCGCGGCUGGCCGGCCGUGCCUGACGACUGGCGUUGUCCGGAGGCGGCGCGACUGGUGAUGCCGGCCGUCCAGCUGCGCGACCUGCUACACAAGCUGGUGCCGUCCGCCAACCUGCUGGCGUUCGACGCCACGCUCACACUGCAGGAAGCGGAGCCGGAGUGGCGCGACGCCGUCACGGCCCUGCAGCGGCCGGGCGGCCAGCCGUGCGCCGACUCCCAGCUGGCGUCCUACACGCGUCUGCUGGGGCGCUGUCGGAGUCAGCUCCUGCUGCGUCACGGCACGCUGCAGCGCUGA